AUGCGAGUCGCGACGCAUAUAGCGGCUUUCCAAGCGAGUCCUCUGCGAAGCUUGCGUUCGCUUUCCGUGAAGGGAGGCUCUACGACCGGGUUGAGUUGUUGCUCUAUUGCUUCAGCGCGGCAAGCUGAACACUUAUCGUGGCGAGCGAACGUCUCCACAGGUUGCGCUCUGAGGAGUCAGCUUCUCGGGCGUGCAAACCCAGCGUCGUCGAGUGCAGCACCGCGUACUGCCCACGCACUCCGGCUUCUAGCCACUGUGAGCGCUAUGACCACGAAGACAGCGCUCGUUGCUGUUGCGAACGGGAGCGAGGAAAUCGAGACGGUCACUGCGGUUGACACACUGGUGCGCGCGGGGGCUCACGUGACCCUUGCAUCCGUGGAAAAGGAGCUACAGGUGACCGCUUCACGAGGCGUCAAACUAGUCGCUGACCUCCUCAUAUCUGAUGCGUCGUUGCGCUCAAAGCAGUUCGACGCAGUGGUGCUGCCGGGGGGCAUGCCUGGCGCAGAGCACUUACGCGACUCGCAACCACUCAUGGACCUGGUGAAGAGGCACUUGGAAACGGGCAAACUCAUCGGGGCUAUUUGCGCUGCACCUGCGGUGGCGCUGGCCAGCCACCACCUUCUCAACGAUGUCAAAGCGACCUGUUAUCCAGCGCCGAAUUUUCGGGCGAAACUCACAUCCCACGCCCACAUCGAUGAUCCUGUCGUCCGUGACGGCCAGUUUAUUACCUCUCAGGGUCCAGGGACAGCUAUGGCGUUCUCUCUGGCCUUGGUGGAAGCGCUUUUUGGUCAUGAGCAAGCUGAGAAAGUCGCCAAGGCGAUGCUCGUAACGCUGCCAGCCGUUUCCAAACGCUGA